AUGCUCUUCAAAGCGCUCCGCUCCAAAUCAUCCUCAAAAAGCACCACCCAACAAGAGUCUCUGCGCGUCACCUCCGCAGACUCGCAACACACGCACGCAUCCCACGACCAGAAACAGCCGUCGGAAAUCGUGACGGCGAUGUCGACGAGGAAAUCGGGCAAGGAGAUGGAUGAUUUUGAGAAGUUUCUGGAGAAAUCGAGGAGGGAUGAGGAGAAAUUGGAGAGGAAGAGGGAGAAGGAGCGGGAGAGGGAGCUCAGGGAGGCGGAGAGGAGGAAGAAGGAGGUUAAUAUGAGUCCGUGGGCUAGUCGGAUGUAA